AUGUCUGCUAGGUCGGCAAAGGGUCGUGCAGAUUUGGUUGAGGUGAAGGAGAGGAACGCCGAGCUGGAGUCCCAGGUCGCCGAGCUCAAGGGCAUUCUUGCUCUUAAGGAGAGUGGCCUUGAGCGGAGUGAAGCCGACCUUGCCUUGGCUCGUUUGGAUGCCGACUCUCGUGGUGCUGAGAAUGAGAGGCUGAAGUCGAAGAUUGCCGAGCUUGAAAGGCGAUCGGCGGAUGAAGCCAAGAGGACGGAGUCGCUCUGGACCAAGAAGUUCUGCCGGGCUGACGUGGAGCAGCUCGAGGCGGAGAUUGGUCAGGAGGAGGUGGUAACGGCGGACGAGCUUGAGUUGGAGUUCGGCCCCUUGGCGGAUGAGGUUGCUAAGCUGGACGCUGGCACUGCUUGUCAAUUCGUGCCGUCCGAGUAA